AUGAUCGAUUACUCACCGGUGUUCACCAUAAAUGAAACCUUUCAGUUUUUUGAUAACGAUGCAAGGAUUCUGAAUUUCAACGGCUAUUUCCAUUUCACUCCUUUUGGUCUCCAUAAAAUGAGACCUUAUUAUAAAAAUAUAUGUUCGAACAUAACUUAUUCAGGCAAAUAA